UUGUUUAGCCUCGAAGGAUUUGAACAUUUAUGUCUCUUCCGCAAACAUGAAAACAAUUUCGAGUGUUUUGGUGGCAUUUUUUGUCUUAAUCUGGUCAAUCUCUAUUGAAUGCACAACAGUGGAAAGUCGUUCUGAAAAUGACAAGUGGAAAUAUAACAUGCCAUCUUUCUUUAAAAGGACAUACAAAGAAUGGUCUAAAAACAAUACGUGUAACUAUGAAAGAAUGAAAAGCCUUGCACUUGACCUGACUCCGUUAAAAAGUCAUCGGCAUAGGAUGACAACUCAAAUGGCUCAAGGUGGAUUCCCUCUUAUAAAGGCUGAAUUGCGGAUAGAGUUGUACGACAUUUCGAAUAAAAUGGCAAUGCAGAACAAAACUUUUUUUGCUGAUAUCGAUCCCAUAGACAUAAAGCUAGAUCUCUCCCCUAUAAAGUCAUCAUCUUCUCCUUAUAUAGAUGAAGAUCUUGUUGAAAUGACAUUUGAUGUCACAAAGCUUUAUAAUGCAUCGAAAAAUGAAGGCUUGGAUACUUUGAAAUUCAAGAUCAGACUCUUGCGAGGAAAUAGGAGAGUAGUAAAGGCAUUGAGCAGGGCUUCUAUCAAAGCUUUCAUAAUCAUUUACGAAAAACUGAAAUCCUGUGGUUUCCAAGACGCAUUCCAGAAAGAUGCACGUGCAAAGCGAUCGCGAGAUAUUCAUUUAGAAAACGAAAAUGUUCAAGAAGGAAAUUCAUCCCUAGGGCUAAACACGAAUGAAGAAGAGCAUUGCCACAAAAGGGACUCUUUUGUAACUUUUGCAGAAAAAGGCAUGAAUUUUGUGAUUUAUCCCAGCUAUUACAGGACUUCUGACUGUGUACUCGACCUUGCAACACCUCCCAGUCCUAUUCAAACUGAUUUGAGAAAAGAAAGAAGAAGAGGCCGAUUUGCUUGUUGUGUACCUACGGAUUAUGAUUCGCUGACUAUGGUUUUUGAAGAUGUCAAACAUGAUGGCAGGCCUGUUAUGUCAAAAUUCAAUGAUAUAGCUGCCAAACAUUGUGGCUGUAGAUUAGUUUAAAGCAAUUUUCUUACUGCAUCGCACUACUUUAUGGAUUCAAAAUAAAACAAUGUGCCCUUAAAUGGCUAUUUUUCAAUUUGUUAUUUCAAGUUUUACCCAAUUUUUUUAUGUUUUUUAAUAUG